CUGUAGAUAAAUUACCAUGCCGCUCCCAGCCACUGUUCAGGGAGGGUGGUGCUGAAACCGGAGCUCCGCCGUCCGCUCAGUACUUGCAGCCAUUUUACACACAACCCAAACAUAGUGAUGUCGUGAGGCGACACAUCACCUGGACCGACCGUGCCCAGCGUCUGCCGAAGACCAGCCGGCGGCACGAUGGUGAAGAGGAAGAGCUUGGACGACACUGACCAGGAGUGCGGCAGGGGGAUACCGUUCCCGAUUCAAACCUUCCUGUGGAGGCAGACCAGUGCUUUUCUGAGGCCGAAGUUGGGCAAGCAGUAUGAAGCCUCUUGCGUGUCGUUCGAGCGGGUCCUGGUGGAGAACAAGCUCCACGGGCUCUCUCCGGUGCUGUCGGAGGCCAUCCAGAGUGUGUCGCGCUGGGACCUGGUCCAAACGGCGCUGCCACACGUGCUGCACUGCACUGCUAUCCUGCUGUCCAACCGCAACAAACUGGGGCACCAAGAUAAACUGGGCGUGGCUGAAACCAAGCUGCUGCACACUCUGCACUGGAUGCUACUGGACGCAGCCCAGGAGUGCCAGCAGGAGGCGGGGCCAGGUCUCAGGUGGUCGGGCGGGGGCGGGGGCAGCAGCAGCAGUGCCUUCCUGCAGCCCAUGGGCAACCCGGGCUCCCCCCCGGCGCCCCAGCACCGCCCCGGACCCCGCUGCAGCGCCGGCUCCCUGGACGAGGACGAACACGCCCGUGCCAAAUUCUUCCAUAAGAGCAUGUCCACCGUGGAGCUCUUUGUCUUCCUCUUUGCCCCCCUCGUCGGCCGUAUCAAGGAGUCUGACCUGACCUUCCGAUUGGCCAGUGGCCUAGUGAUCUGGCAGCCAAUGUGGGAGCAUCGUCAGCCUGAUGUUCCUGCCUUCUCCGCUUUCAUCAAACCUGUGCGCAACAUUGUGACAGCCAAGAGAAACUCCCCCACCAGCAACCAGUGCAGUCCCUGUGGGUCCAGCAACCCUGGCCCCAUGGGGUUCCAGGUGGUGUGCGAAACUGCCCAAUCAGAUUCCUCCUCCCCAGGGGCAGGUGGGCAGAGCUGUCGCCGUGGCAACUCUGUGGAAGGAGGUGGCCCUUCCCAGCCAGGUCCCAGAGAAAGAGGUGUUCAGCAGAAGAAGGUGCUGCCCUCCGUAGGCAGUUCCGUGCCCCUGGCCCAGCGUGCUCGGUACGGGACGUACUUUGACGUGGCGGUCCUGCGGUGCCUGCUGCAGCCCCAUUGGACGGAGGAGGGCGUGCACUGGGCUCUGAUGUACUACCUACAGCGGCUCCGCCAGAUCCUGGAGGAGAAGCCUGAGAGGCCCCCCGAGCCGCUAGUCCCGCCCCUGCCACGCCCACGCAGCAGCUCCAUGGUGGCAGCCACCCCCUCCCUGGUGAACACCCACAAGACACAGGACAUGACCCUGAAGUGUAAUGAGGAGGAGAAGUCUCUGAGCUCCGAGACCUUCGCCAGGGUGUCCAUGACCAACCUGAGGAGACAGGCCGUCCCUGACCUAGCCUCUGACCUGGGAAUGAACAUCUUCAAGAAGUUUAAGAAUCGGCGGGAAGACCGCGAGCGGAAGGGCUCCAUCCCGUUCCACCACACGGGGAAGAAGCGGCAGCGGCGUAUGGGCGUGCCCUUCCUCCUGCACGAGGACCACCUGGACGUCUCGCCCACCCGCAGCACCUUCUCCUUCGGGAGCUUCUCCGGCCUGGGGGACGACCGCCGCGCCCUCGACCGCGGGGGCUGGCAGGCCACCAUCAUGGGGAAAUUCACCCGGCGCGGCAGCACAGACACCUCCGCCGAUGUGGAGAGCCUGAGCGCCAAACAUUCGCACUCCCACCACACCCUGCUGCGGGACCUCCCCGACCACGCCAACAGCCACAGUGACAACACCGUCAAGGAGGUGCGUUCACAGAUCUCCACCAUCACCAUGGCGACGUUCAACACCACGGUGGCAUCCUUCAAUGUGGGCUAUGCCGACUUCUUCACGGAGCACAUGAAGCGACUGUGUAACCCCGUGCCCAUGCCCGAGAUGCCCAGCGAGCCGUUGGCCUGUGCCAACCUGCCCCGCAGCCUGACUGACUCCUGCAUCAACUACUCCUGCAUGGAGGAGGGAGAGAGCAUCGAGGGGGCCAGCAGCUUCAUCCUGAAGAACGGCAUGCUGGACCUCACUGCAAUCCUGAGGGCCCUGUACGCUGUGCUGACCCAUGACAUCAGUUCGCGCAUCUGCGACGUGGCUCUGAACAUCAUCGAGUGCCUGCUGCAGCUGGGCGUGGUGCCCUGCGCCAGCAAGUCGCCCGCCAAGGCCGACGACAAGGAGAACGAUGAGGCCCGCUCCAAAGAGGCGGCCAAUCAGAGCGGUGGUGGGGCCCAGGGGGGCGUGUCCAGCAGUACGGGGGCGGCGCCUGGAGGGGGUGGGGAUUCCGGGGGAGGAGGCGGAGGUGGUGGAGGAGGAGGCGGAGGUGGAGGCGGAGGGGGAAGCAACGGCGAUGACGUUAAGAACAACAAGGAGAAAGACAGCAAAGAGGCCAGCUCCUCCCUCAGUACCCACCGCCUGGCUCUCACCAUGCUCAUUAAGAUCGUCAAGUCCCUGGGCUGCGCGUACGGCUGCGGGGAGGGCCACCGCGGGCUGUCAGGCGACCGGCUGCGUCUGCAGGCCCAGAACUGCCUGACCCGUCUGUACAAGCUGGACAAGCUGCAGUUCCGUCUGACCAUGAGGGAGUACGUGACUCGGGACUCGCUCAACAACAUCGUGGACUUCCUGCACGCACUGCUGGGCUUCUGCAUGGAGCCUAUCACGGACAAGUACGGCAGUGCAGGUGAGAGGCACCGGAGGGCCGAUAAGAGAGACUUGGACAAAGCAGGCUUUGGGAACAACUUCACCACGGGUGAGGGCAAGUCUCUGGCUCAGAACAUGGAGACAGUGGUGGUGGGCUGCAUGUUUAAGUCCCUGAUAACCCGCUGCUCCUCCACUACCCAUGAGCUCCACAGCCCGGAAAACCUGGGCCUGUACUGUGACAUCCGUCAGUUGGUGCAGUUCAUUAAGGAGUCCCACGGAAACGUAUUCCGACGGGUGGCACUGAGCGCGCUCCUGGACAGUGCCGAAAAGCUCACCACCACCAAGAAACCUGAGGAGAAGGAGGAGCCUAAACCUGCUGGGCCCAGGAGGUCGGAAGCGGGCGUGGCCGGGGAGAAGGGCCAGGCCUCCACUGCGGCAGACGAGUGUCGCAGCUGCAUCUCCAGCCGACCCCCGCAGACCCCCGAACACGAGGAGCAGAUUCCGGGGGCCCUGCUGGGCAGGAAGGAUUUCUGGCGAAAGAUGUUCAAGUCCCAGAGCGCGGCUAGCGACACCAGCAGCCAAUCGGAGCAGGACACUUCUGAAUGCACCACCGCCCACUCGGGCACCACCACGGACCGCCGCUCCCGCACUCGCUCCCGACGCAUCUCCCUGCGCAAGAAGCUCAAGUUGCCCAUCGGGAACUGGCUGAAACGCUCAUCCCUCUCCGGUCUGACAGACGGAGUGGAGGACCUGCUGGACAUCAGCUCUGUGGACCGGCUGAGCUUCAUCCGACAGAGCUCCAAGGUGAAGUUCACCAGCGCGGUGAAGCUGUCGGAGGGCGGGGCGCCGGAGUACGGCCGGGACGAGGAGGAGAACUUCUUCAAGCGGCUCGGUAAAUGGCGGUCCGGCCGGCGGAACCCGUCCAGGCUCCACCACACAGAAGAGAAAGAUGGGUGCCACGGGUUCCAGGAGCGCCUGGCUGCCAGCCAGGAAGCCAUGAAAAACAAGAACGUGGUGAACCUGGGCGCCAUCCGGCAGGGCAUGAAGAGGUUCCAGUUCCUGCUGAACUGCUGCGAGCCGGGCACCAUCCCCGACGCCUCCAUCUUAGCCGCGGCCCUGGACCUGGAAGCCCCAGUGGUGGCCCGGGCCUCGCUCUUCCUGGAAUGUGCCCGCUUUGUGCACCGCUGUAACCGCGGCAACUGGCCCGAGUGGAUGAAGGGCCACCAUGUGAACAUCACCAAGCGAGGCCUCUCCAGGGGGCGCUCUCCCAUAGUGGGCAACAAGAGGAACCAGAAGCUGCAGUGGAACGCAGCCAAAUACUUCUGUCAGUGGGGUGAUGCUAUCGGAACUCGUUUGAGUGAGCUCUGCCACUCAGACAGCGAGAGCCCGGCCAACAUCCUGGGCUUCAUCUACGACGAGGAAACAAAACGGCGCAUGCGCAAGGAAGACGAGGAAGAGGACUUCCUGGAUGACAACACAGUCAACCCCACCAAGUGUGCCUGCCCGUUUGCCCUGAAGAUGGCCGCCUGUCAGCUGCUUCUGGAGAUUACCACCUUCUUGAGGGAGACCUUCCCCUGCUUACCUCGCCCACGCACAGAGCCCCUGGUGGACCUGGACAGCUGCCGGCUGCGUCUGGACCCGGAGCUGGGCCGGCACCGGUACGAGCGCAAGAUCAGCUUCGCCGGCAUCCUGGACGACGAGGACGGCCGGGACUCCCUGCACAGCAGCAGCCACACGCUCAAGUCCGACACGGGCUGCGACGACAAGAAGUCCCAGGAGCCUCUGGCUCCCAUCAGGAAGAUCCGUAUCGGGGGGUCUCGGCUCCUGCAGAUCAAGGGGGCCCGCAGCUUCCGGGUGAAGAAGGGGGGGUCGCUGUCCUCCAUCCGCCGCGCUGGCAGCCUGAAGAGCACCAAGAUGUCCCGGCAGGACUCUGAGUCCGAGAACGAAGAGGGGCUGCUGUCCCAGAGCAGGGACACCGUCACCGACAUCGGAAGUCCCUGGAGCACCAGCGAGCCCAGCAUCGAACCCGAGGCCCAGAGCACUGGCGGAGCCGAAGACAACUACCACCGCAACAUGUCCUGGCUGCACAUCAUGAUCCUGCUGUGCAACCAGCAGAGCUUCAUCUGCACGCACGUGGACUUCUGCCACCCGCGCUGCUACCAGCACCACAGCCGCUCCUGCGCCCGCCUGGUGCGCGCCAUCAAGCUGCUGUACGGCGAGACCGUGGACAGCCUGCGCGAGGACGGCGGCUCCGCCCACAUCGGCGCCCGCGCCAAGAAGACCAAAGAGUGUUCGGAUAAAUCCUGCCUCCGUACCCCCUCUAUGAAGAAGCGCCCCACAGAUGCCAGUGCAGAGGGGAAGAAGGACACGGGCAUGCUGAAGUACAUCCGCAAUCAGGUGAUGAGCCUGGCCCCCGCGCCCCUGUCGCUGCUCAUUAAGGCCGCGCCCAUCCUGACCGAGGACAUGUACGGGGACAUCCAGCCUGCCGCCUGGGAGCUGCUGCUCAGUGUGGAUGAGCACAUGGCUGCUGCAGCAGCGGCCAUGUUCCUGCUGUGCGCGGUGAAGGUUCCGGACGCGGUCACGGACAUGAUGAUGGCGGAGUUCCACCACCAGGAGGCGGGGCAGCGGAUCAGCUCCGUGCUCAAGUUCUACACGCUGUGGCGCUUCCGCUACCAGGUGUGGCCUCGCAUGGAGGAGGGAGCUCAGCAGAUCUUUAAGAUCCCGCCCCCUAGCAUAAACUUCACGCUGCCCUCCCCCAUCCUGGGCAUGCCCUGCGUGCCCAUGUUCGACCCGCCGUGGGUGCCCCAGAACACGGGGAGCGUCCAGGACCCAAUCAACGAGGACCAGUCUAAGUCGUUCUCGGCGCGGGCGGUCUCGCGCUCGCACCAGCGGGCGGAGCACAUCCUGAAGAACCUGCAGCAGGAGGAGGAGAAGCGGCGGCUGGGGCGGGAGGCCAGCAUCAUCACCGCCAUUCCCAUCACCCAGGAGGCCUGCUAUGAGCCCACCUGCAGCCCGCCGCCCGAGCAGGAGGAGGAAGCAGAAGAAGUGGUUAACCUGGCGUCUCGCCGCCUGUCCGUCAGCCCCUCCUGCGCCUCCAGCAACUCCCACAGGAACUACUCCUUCCGCCGCGGAUCCGUCUGGUCCGUGCGCUCCGUCGUCAGUGCCGAAGAUGAGGAGAACACCACAGAGCUCACGCCCACUCAUCAUGUUCUGCAGCCCCCGCAAGCCGUGUUCCCAGCAUGCAUCUGUGCGGCCGUGCUGCCCAUUGUGCAUCUGAUGGAGGAUGGGGAGGUGCGGGAGGAUGGCGUUGCAGUGAGUGCAGUGGCACAACAGGUCCUGUGGAAUUGUCUGAUCGAGGACCCUGCUCUGGUGCUCAGGCACUUCCUGGAGAAGCUUACUGUCAGCAACAGACAGGACGAGCUCAUGUACAUGCUGCGGAAGCUGCUGCUGAACAUAGGAGACCUGCCGGCCCAGACCUCUCACAUUCUCUUCAACUACCUGGUGGGGCUGAUCAUGUACUUUGUGCGGACGCCCUGCGAGUGGGGCAUGGACGCCAUCUCGGCCACGCUGACCUUCCUGUGGGAGGUGGUGGGCUACGUGGAGGGGCUCUUCUUCAAGGACCUGAAGCAGACCAUGAAGAAAGAGCAGUGCGAGGUCAAACUGCUGGUCACCGCGUCCAUGCCAGGAACCAAGACCCUGGUGGUCCAUGGGCAGAAUGAGUGUGACAUUCCCACCCAGCUCCCAGUGCAUGAGGACACCCAGUUUGAGGCACUGCUCAAGGAGUGUCUUGAAUUCUUCAAUAUUCCUGAAGCACGUUCAGCACAUUACUUCCUCAUGGACAAGCGAUGGAACCUCAUCCAUUACUCAAAGACAUAUGUGCGGGACAUCUACCCCUUCCGCAGGUCAGUGUCUCCCCAGCUAAACCUGGUCCACAUGCUACCGGAGAAGGGCCAGGAACUGAUCCAGAAGCAGGUGUUCUCCAGAAAGCUAGAGGAAGUGGGGCGUGUGCUCUUCCUCAUCUCCCUCACCCAGCGUAUGCCAGCCCUCCACCGCCAAUCCCACGUCUCCCUGCUUCAGGAGGACCUGCUGCGCCUGCCCUCCUUCCCUCGCACCGCCAUCGAUGCUGAGUUCUCCCUCUUCAGUGAGCCCCAAGGAAAGGAGCUCUUUGGCCUGGAUACACUACACAAGGUCCUGUGGAUCAAGCUACUGGAGGAGAUGUUUCUGGGCAUGCCCAGUGAGUACCCUUGGGGUGACGAGAUCAUGCUCUUCCUCAACGUCUUCAAUGGCGCUCUGCUGUUGCACCCUGAGGACAGCGCCCUCCUCAGGCAGUACACCGCCACAGCAAUCAACACUGCUGUGCAUUUCAACCACCUGUUCUCCCUCAGUGGAUACCAAUGGAUCCUACCCACCAUGCUCCAGGUCUAUGCAGACUACGAGAGCAACCCGCUGCUGAGGCAGGGCAUUGAGUUCUGCUGCCGACAGUUCUACAUCCUGCACCGCAAACCCUUCGUCCUGCAGCUGUUCGCCAGCGUGGCCCCACUGCUCGAGUUCACUACCAGCACCAGUACAGGGCUGUCGAAAGGCGUGUCAGCACAGUGCCUGUUUGACCUGCUGGUGUCGCUGGAGAACGAGACCCCUGACACGCUGGACGCCCUGGAGCUGGUGAAAGCAGAGAAGCCGCUACGCUCCCUGGACUUCUGCUAUGGUAAUGAGGACCUGGCCUUCUCUAUCAGUGAGUCCAUCAAGCUGUGUGUGACAGUGGUGGCCUAUGCCCCAGAAUCCUUCAGGAGUUUGCAGAUGCUGAUGGUGCUGGAGGCUUUGGUGCCAUGCUUCCUGCAGAAGAUGAAGAAUAACACGCUGGCCCUGGAGUCUGCCUCAGCUGCCCGGGAUGAGAUUGCUGCCAUUGCUGCCCUUGCCACCUCCCUGCAGGCCCUUCUGUACAGCGUGGAGGCACUGACACGGCCAAUGACUGCCCCUCAGAUGAGCCGGUGUGACCAGGGACACAAAGGCGCAACCACUGCCAACCAUGCCAUGUCAGGGGGCGCUAACACCAGAGACAACCUGCACCUGCUGGAGGAGGGCCAGGGUAUGCCGCGGGAGGAGCUGGACGAGCGCUACGCCCGCGAGGAGUUCCGCCGCCCGCGGGAGUCCCUGCUCAACGUCUGCACCGAGUUCUACAAGCACUGCGGUCCGCGCCUCAAGAUCCUGCAGAACGUGGCCGGGGAGCCCCGUGUGACUGCCCUGGAGCUGCUGGACAUCAAGUCCCAUAUGAGGUUGGCAGAGAUAGCCCACUCCCUGCUGAAGCUGGCCCCGUAUGACACGCUGACCAUGGAGAGCCGGGGCCUGAAGCGUUACAUCACCGAGAUGCUGCCCAUUACCGAUUGGGCCACCGAGGCCGUGCGCCCCGCCCUCAUCCUCAUCCUCAAGAGGCUGGACCGCAUGUUUAACAAGAUCCACAAAAUGCCCACGCUCAGGUGCGCUCGACCGCAGGCCCUGUGCACCAGGAGACAGGUAGAAUGGGAGGCUGCCAGCAGCCUGAUUGAAGGGAUCUGUUUGACUCUGCAGCGUCAGCCAAUCAUCUCCUUCCUGCCGCACCUUCGCUCUUUAAUCAACGUCUGUGUCAACCUGGUGAUGGGUGUAGUGGGACCCUCCAGUGUGGCUGAUGGGCUACCCCUACUCCACCUGAGCCCUUACCUGUCUCCCCCACUCCCCUUCAGUACUGCUGUGGUGCGUCUGGUGGCCCUGCAGAUACAGGCUUUGAAAGAUGAUUUCCCCCUCAGUCAUGUGAUCUCGCCCUUCACCAAUCAGGAGCGGAGAGAGGGGAUGUUGCUGAACCUGUUGAUCCCAUUUGUUCUGACUGUGGGGUCAGGGAGCAAAGACAGCCCUCACCUGGAGCAGCCGGAAGUAUUCCUCCUCCUGCAGACGGUGCUGAACAUUCUGCUGCCCCCCCGCAUCAUCAGCACCUCCCGCAGCAAGAACUUCAUGCUGGAGAGCUCCCCCGCCCAUUGCUCCACCCCUGGGGACACCGGAAAAGACCUGCGGAGGGAGGGGCUGGCUGAGUCCACCAGCCAGGCCGCCUACCUGGCUCUGAAGGUGGUGCUGGUGUGUUUUGAGCGGCAGUUGGGUAACCAGUGGUACCGGCUCAGCCUGCAGGUGAAGGAGAUGGCUCUGCGCAAGGUGGGCGGUCUGGCCUUCUGGGACUUCAUCGACUUCAUUGUUCGAACCCGUAUCCCCAUCUUCGUACUGCUGCGCCCCUUCAUCCAAUGCAAGCUCCUGACCCAGCCAGCGGAGUCUCAGGAGGAGAUCACAGCUCGACACCACAUCGCCGACCAGCUGGAGCGCCGCUUUAUCCCCCGCCCGCUCUGCAAGAGCUCGCUCUUCGCCGAGUUCAACAACGAGCUCAAGAUCCUGAAGGAGGCCGUGCACAGUGGCGCCGCCUACCAGGGGAAGACCUCCAUAAGCACAGUGGGCACCUCCACAUCAGCCUACCGUCUCAGCCUGGCGACCAUGUCCCGGUCUAACACCGGCACUGGAACCGUGUGGGAGCAAGACAGCCAACCGUCAAGACAGCCGUCCCAGGACACCCUCAGCCGCACCGACGAGGACGAGGAAGAGAACGACUCGGUGAGCAUCCCCAGUGUGGUGAGUGAGCAGGAGACCUUCCUGCCCAGCAUCAUCACCCAGCGCCGAUUCUCCAGCCAUACCACUGGAGUUUCCAUCACCCAACCAGAGCCCACCAUGAGCACCAUGCUGCCCAGCCACAGUGAACCCAAUGUGCUAGAUGAGUCCCAAGGAAUGCUGGAAGAGGGUAACCUGUCUAGGGUGGCCAGUGUGCAGAGUGAGCCGGGCCAGCAAAACCUGCUGAUGCAGCCACCUCUGGGGCGAAAGAGAGGUCUAAGACAGGUGAGAGAGUUACGGCGCCCCCUGCUGUCCAUACCAAAGACCCAGCAUGAGUCGCGCAGUCGCUCGGGUGCUCGCCUUUCCACCACACGCCGGAGCAUCCAACCCAAACACAAACCCCUGGAAACUUUAAUGGACUGUGAAGCCCAAACGGAGCAGAAGAGGUCAGUCACGUUCACUGAGACCCAGCCAGAAGCGUCUACCGCGUCUCCCUUGGCGACCAGCAAAGACUGCCCAGCUGAGAGCAAGAGGUUGAGCCCCGCAUCCCCAGCGUCUCCCGCUGCUGUCGCCCCGAAGGUGGCGGCUGCAGACCUGCACAGCCCCGCCCGAGCUCAGCUGUCUACAGUCUCAGAGAGGAGAGACCCAAGGGGAAUCCAAAGCAGCUUGUCCCCUUCCCUCCCUUCCACCCCUACCCCUCCGCCUCCCUCCUCGCACUCCUCCUCUCCUCUCCCUCGCUCCACCUCCUCCCCACUCCCUCCCCCUCUCCCCAUCCUGGGGACCCCUGCUCAGCCCAGCCCCGCCCACCCCCAGCUCGGCCCCGCCCACCUGCAGGAGAGCCCGGAGGACGAGGAGACGUCGGUUCUGCUGCAGCACACCGACACGGUGCUGCACAUCAGCGAGGAGAACGGCACAGAAAACCCCCUUCUUUCCCCUCUGCUGUCCCCCCUCCUCUCUCCCCUCACACUCUCUCCUGUGGACCUGGACCUGGAUGAGUCGCACGUCUGAGAGACCCCUCCAACCCCCCGCUCUGUCAGUCUUACUGUAUGUAUGAAAACCACUCCUUGCCACCCCUCACCCCUCUGCUCUUCUCUGUGAAUGUAAAGCAGGAUGUGGUUGUGUUUCUGAGCUCCCCCCAUCCUCUCUCCCCAGCUCUACCUUGAUUGAAUGAACUCCAAAUGAGUCAUUUAUUAUUUAUUUGACUAAGAAGCCCUUACCCCUUCCCCCACCCCACUCACCAUGUUUCUGCACAGGAGGUACAACAUUCCUAGGCUCACCCUCAUUCUUGCCAAACAGCACAAAAAUCUUUCAGGACACAGCAGUCAUUUCACUUGCCUUCAGUGUAUACUUUUUCCACAAGAAGAAAAGCAAAAGGUGAAAAUGUCCAUCUCUUUACUUAAUAGGAGGAACAAUGAUGUGUUUAAGUAUGGUUAAAUGCGACAUACACGGUCAAAUGUGACAUAGACGGUCAAUAGGUUAAAAUGCCAUUCAUAAGCUACUGCCUAUUGAGCUUGCUGCUGACAAGCACUUCUGAAUUUUUUUAAUGGCCAGUUAUGAUUUGAUCAGUAGAAAUCUAAACGGUGUUUAAAAUUCUUUCUUAUGCCAAUGUAGUUGGAGAGUAAUGCAUAGUUGCCAUAUAUGCCUAAAUGUUCAUUGUGAAGCUUCAGGAAGAAAAGAAAAACUAUGCUUAGGUUAGAAAAAAUGGUCUUUAAAUCAGAUGUUAUUUUUAUGUUUAAUACCUCAGUAAGAUAAUAUUAAAAGUUAAAGUAGAAAUAUAAAUAAAUAUAUAUCAGAAAUAGAGUUGUUAUUUUCAAACAGGAAAGUACUAUUGCAGGGAUUCUCAAAUCUGCCAGUCAAGGUCAGCAGUACUGUCUGAUAAUCCAUAGUCCAUUACUGUGACGGAGAUGAUUCUCACCUGGUGCAUCAGGUUUAAAACAGGAAUGCAGAUCAGCAGCAGUACUUUGCUCCAAGGGCCAGAUUUGAGUAUACCUGUGCUUAUUGUUUGUGCGAUUGUGCCAGUUUGUAGAGACAUUAUAGCCUAUGUAUAGACCUGGUAUACUGUAAAUUUAUAAACGCACCUUGUGCAGGUGAGAAUGGGACAGGCAGGAAUUAUGAUAUCACAGGUGAUGGCAGCUUCUCUGAAAGAGAAGAUGCAUAUACAGCACCUGGUGAGUUUAUCGAGUCGCUUGUGGCUGCUGAUUAUAUGCAGAGGAAAAGAUGAGUAUUUGCGUAACCAGUAAUAAAACCAGUCCGAACGUUGAGUCUCACGUGUGUUGUUGAGUGUUUUCCAUGUGGUCCUGAGGGCACUGACCCAUUUGGUUUUCUCCAGUAGAAGGCCGGCCAUUCUCUGUCAUGUGCAUUGUGUUCAUGUAAGUGUUAAUGUAAGAUCUGUAGACAUGGAACAAACCUUAUUGUGACACUUAAGAUUGGACAUUUAGGAGCCAGGAUUUAGGGUUGAGAUUUAGGAGUCAGGGCAGUGUUAAUGUGAGAUGAGUAAAGACAUGACAGCCCAAGGCUGACUGUCUGGCUUGCAUAUGUCAAGAUGUGGAGAAUCAGAAAGACACACCUAUAGUUGUCUAAACACAUCAUCCUGUCUGUUAUCCUGAAAAACAGGGGACUUUGAAUCAAAUUAACUCUAAACCUGGUCUCACAGCUAAUUAAACUCAAACGUGCCUGUAACAGCGGCAUGUGUGUUGUGAUGUUUUCGCCUCAGAAAGGCUGAACAUGGUGUUUCAGAAGAUACGAUGUAGCGGUGUAACUCCAGGUUUGGAUCCAUGCAGUAGCUGUGCUAGGUCCCGUAGGAUUUAGCUGGACAGCGUUAGCGCAGGAUCCCGUGAGUAGAUCAGGUGCCUUAAGUCACACGUCACCAGUGCACUGUGAUGUGUUUUCUGCUCAUACCACUGUCACCGUCACCUCCUGCGAGACACGCAGCUGAAAACCAGGGUGUGUGUCUUCAAAGCUUCAAAGCGUUAAUGUUCUCUGUGUUCUUAUGUCUUUUGUGGUGUUGCUCUCCAUGUUCUGUGCCUUCGGCUCUAAUGCUCGUCCGCAGGUCGCGUCUAGUUCUGAUGUUCUCUGUGUUCCGCUUCUGCUAAGUCCUAACGUUCUGUCUGAUCAGCAGCACUGUCUCGGCUUAAAGCUAUGUGUGGGUGUGCAGUUAAGCUUCAGUGUGAUGCUACAGUGCACUGUAAUGUUAUGUAUCACCAUUAACAGCUUACCUGGGUUUUAUGGUGUAUUGUAUCAUUCCCUCCUUUUGGUCAUAUGGUCUCCUGGCUUUGUGAAACAAUUUCUGGUCAAUAAAAAAUAGGAGUAGAAAUGGAAAUCUGUGCUCAUUGCAUUUUAUGUACAGGGUGUAAUGUUUCUUUUAAAACAGGAAUUGUAAUGUAACGGGGGUUAAUCAUUAAUCAAAUUAAUGUCAUUUACCUCAACCCUAUGUGACUGAGUCAGCUGCAAGAGAUUGAGAAAUAUUGUUUUAAGAUGCUGCUAUGUGUAAUGAAUUUCUUACCCCAGGAGUGUUCAAUCUUAUCCAAAAAUAUGAUAUGGGUGCAAAUCUUUGUUUCUGCUCAGUUCUAAAACACCUGAUUCUACAUUUCACUUGAUGAAAGACCAUGAUUAGUUGAAUCAGGUGUCAUCGUGCUGGCCUAAAAAAACAUGCACCCAUUCCAGGCCUUCUCAGAUACUGUAAGACUGGAUACCUCUGAUUUAGAGUUCAACGGGUGUCCAAUUGUUUGAGCUGCAGGGGUCAUUCAUAAAAUAUCUUUAAUCUGUGUGAAAUUAUGGAUUUUAUUGCUUACUCAUUGACAUGACUUAUUUUUCAUUACAUGUUGAUGGACAGCUUUUUUUUUGUGAAAUGCCAAUUGUCAUGAAAUCCAGUCUCACCCAGAGGUCAAAGCAAAAUAUUCAAAAACAUUCCCUGUUUAUGUACCCCUGCUAUGAUGGAUAUGAUUUCAGCAUUACAGAUCAUUAUAUUGUCCUGUCUUCAAUGUAAGGAAUAUAUAUAUACAUAGUCAUAUUCUGAAAAUAUAUCUAAACGUGUACUGAAAUAAAGAUGGAUUCUUGUUUUUUUAA